AUCAGCAACAGGAUCAGGGACAGGUCACAAACAGUUCAUAGCAAUUUUCAACCCUAAAGCAAAAUAUACCAUAUGAUCAAUCGUUUUUCAUAACUCAUAAGUGAUCAACCCUUUUCCAAAUUACGUUGAUUUUUGUCCAGAAGACUGCUAUAUGUUGUUGCUGGAUAAAAAGAAUUGGCACCCAAUUCUUGAUGACGUUUAAAGGCCCUAUGAAAUGACUGUUUAAUAACUUUGUUUGCAUUAUCAAUCACUAAUCCGCUGUAGCAAAUUGGCAAAUUUCUACUUCCUUGAAAUCCGGGUUCAAAUCCCGACAGCGGAAUUUUUCUUUUUGUCCCUUCUUCGUCGUAGGUUACUUGAUCGCAGUCGAGUAUACUACUUAUUAAAAAUACUUAAAAUUGAAAAUUUUGUACGGUACACAAUUGCCUAAAUUUUUGUUGGUCAUGCCGCCAUAGUCAUGUUUUAUUCCUCAGAUUGCAGGCUUGAGAAACCAUUGGUUCGGUAAUCGAACCAAAAAGCCAUCGGGAAUGAAAAAAAUUGAAUCAAUGAAUUUUUUAAACCAAAACCUUUAAAAGCUUAUUUGUUUUCGGUUGACAAUUAUAUAUAUAUAUAUUUUAUUUCGCAAGGAGGAGAAUCAUAUUAUUCUCUAAUUAUACACACUCUCCAAGUUCACCUACAUAGUACAACAGUAACUUGAAAAUCAUAGUAAAUGGAAUGAGUAAUGUAACAUGAUAAACAUAAAAUUCAAAUUGCACUCAAUGGCUUAGUAACUCGGCGUAUAAUCGAUAACUCGUCUUUGUAUUACGAUCCUUCCUUAAGAUCGAGGUAAACUCCGAAAGUUUAUAUAGUCUUUCAAUCUUCUUUUCUGUAUCAAUCAUUCAAUCUUCUGAUGGUGCAGGUUUCUUCAGGAUCAAUGCAAUAAAAAUUAUAAUUUUAAAUAAAUAAAGGUUCAUAUUGAAAGUAACACUCAACAAACUAAUAGUAUUAACAAGGCAUAUCAUGAUUAAUACUCAAAUAUAUAAAUGGUUAAUAAGUAAAAAUAAUUUAUCAUAUACACUCGAAAUUCACAAUUUGCAGUCCCGAGAAGGUAAACUGCUCCCGGAGUUCAUUCCAAGUACACUACUGAAGCUGCGAAUAUCUUUGAUAGGUUGGUUGCUUGAUUUGAUAGGUUAGUUAACAUCUAGGGUUAGGCUACUAAUUUUCCCUUAAUUCCCUUGUUGAUUUGACAGGUUACGAGAUCGAUCGACUUAAUUCCCAGUUGUUUGAAGUGUACUUAAUUUAUCAGUGGUUGAACUGACUCACUCCAAAUUAAUUAGUUUAUCACCUGCUCCAAAACCAAAUGCUCGCAGUGACAACCUUUUGGAGGUGUAAGGACGGACCACGACGUCUAGUUUUGGUUUGACUAUAUCAAGUAACUAGUGUUCUACACAAUUCUUCCACCCAAGGAGAUUAGCUACACGUAUCCAAUAUUCUUGAAUUAAUGGUUUGACGUAAAACCUCAUAAAUUGAGUUGUACGUCUUUAGGAUGGCCAUGCACUAUAUAAACGUACGUACGUGCAUUGGGAUUUCUCAUUACAAACACCGAAGUCGAGAAAACCCUUUUGAAUCUCUCCGCUGCAUCGUUACUAAACUAAAUUCUUAAUCUUCCUCUCCACAACACCAAAUUAGAAUCACCCGCGCCAUUACUAAUCAGCUCCAGUUAUUGUUCGUUGCUCUGAAGCUGCUUCAUAGACAGUGAUUAAGGAGAAUAUGUCCAACAGAUCAGUCGACGACGAUGGCCGCUCGAUGCGAACUGGUACGUGGGUGACGGCGAGCGCCCACAUCAUCACGGCGGUGGUCGGGUCAGGCGUGCUGUCCCUGGCUUGGGCAAUCGCCCAACUGGGUUGGGUGGCCGGACCGGCCGCUCUCAUCGUCUUCUCUCUCAUCACCCUUUUCACCUCCACCCUGCUCGCCGACGCCUACCGCCACCCGGACCCCGUCACGGGCCAACGCAACUACACCUAUAUGGACGCGGUCCGGGCCCAUUUAGGUGGGGUCAAGGUCCGGCUUUGCGGCCUGGCCCAGUAUGCAAACCUUGUCGGCGUCACCGUCGAUUACACCAUCACGGCGUCUAUCAGCAUGGCGACGGUUCGGAAAUGGAGUUGUUUCCACGAGGAGGACGAGUGCCACGUGUCCACGACGCCGUACAUGAUCAUCUUUGGCAGCAUCCAGCUCAUCCUUUGCCAGGUGCUCAACUUCCACAAGUUGUCGUGGCUCUCCAUCCUGGCCGCCGUCAUGUACUUCACGUAUUCCCUUAUUGGCUUGGGUCUCUCCAUAGCCAAACUUGUUACAGGAGUUGAGGCGAAAAUGACGACGUCGGCGACGGUGUCGGAGGCGGAGAGAUUCUGGAGGAUUUGCCAAGCGAUUGGCGACAUUGCCUUCGCGUAUGCCUACUCCACGGUCCUGAUUGAGAUCCAGGACACCCUGAAAUCGAGCCCCGCGGAGAACAAAGCAAUGAAACGGGCUAGUUUUGUGGGCGUCUCGACUACAACCGUUUUCUACCUCCUCUGCGGCUGUGUGGGCUAAGCGGCGUUUGGAAAACACGCGCCGGGGGAUUUACUCUCCGGGUCUGGAUUCGAUCAUCCGGUGUGGCUACUCAACGUAGCCAACGUCUGCGUGGCUAUCCACCUCAUCGGCGCGUACCAAGUCAGUUCAAUUUAAUUUAAUUAAAUUAAAGCCCUCAAUUAAUUGCCUUAUGUAUAGGUAUCCAUUUAAUUAAUAUAUAUGUGGGGCUGCAGGUGUUUGCGCAGCCGAUUUUCAGCUUGGUGGAGUCCAGCUGUCGUCAGAGGUGGCCAGAGGUCAAGUUCGUGACGACGGACCACCAGAUCACCAUUCCGUUUCUGGGUAGCACGAGCUUCCAGGUCAACUGGUUCAGAGUGAUUUGGAGGUCCGCUUACGUGGCAGUGACGACCGUCUUGGCCACCAUCCUCCCAUUCUUCAACGUCUUGCUGGCCCUUAUCGGUGCAGCUUCUUUUUGGCCUUUGACCAUCUACUUUCCGAUCGAGAUGUAUAUUGCUCGAGAGAAAUUUCCCAAGUUCUCCUUCUCAUGGAUGUCCCUGCAAGCCUUGAGCUUGGUCUGUCGGCUGGUUUCACUCGUCGCAGUAGCUGGAUCAGUCGUGGGUCUGAUACAGUCUCUCAAAACAUACCGCCCUUUUAAGAAUGAAGUAUAAUUAAUUAACAAGUACCACCUUCAUUUUGCUUACUAUAUAUAUAUUUGUACAUUUUAAUUCCUAGAAGCUACUUAAGUACAUAGUUAAGUACGGCUGAAAAUGAUGUUGAUUCCAAUAUAGAACACGAGAUAGAGUUAAUCAAUUAUGUUGGAAUUGAUAAAAGAUGCAACAAAUAUAUACACGGAAAAGCAAUGAUGUUAAUAAUUAGCCUAACUCGUUGCAUUGGGAAAGUAGGAGCACUGAGCAACAUCCAACAGUACUUACCGUGCUUCUGGUUUGCACUAAAAUGCCUUAAGUAGUUUACAGGGUAAAUAAACAUCUCGGGAUAGAAAUUAAGAAAAGUUGACUGGUCAUUCUCUAGAGUUCUGCAACAUUUCUCUAAGGUCGGUCAAUUCAAUUGCUUAACUCCACAAAUAUUCUCAUAUAUCAUUGAUUAACGAGUACCAGCCUUUUAGCUUGUUUGGGAGCUUUGUGGUUCAGGUGUUUGAGAGCAUUUUCUUUUUUCAGAUUCUUUUGUUUGCUGUCUUUUGUUGGUGCACUUGGAGGGUAGCUAUGUGCUGAUUUUUUUGUUGUUUGUUGGUUGUGUUUUCAAACUCUUAAUUUUUAGUCUUUUUCCGUUAUUAAUAUUAUUUCACCCUUAUAAAAAAAACGUACCAGCCUUUUAAGGAUGAAGUAUAAUUGAUUAACAAGUACCGCCUUAAUCAUGCUCCGUUGCUAUGUACUAAUUUGCACAUUCUGAUUCCUAGAAGCUAAGUGCAUAGUUAAGUUUGACCCGGUGGUAGUACAUAGCUAUCUAUAUAUAGUCAAGCAAAAUGAUGGUGAUGUCAAUAUUGAACAUGAGAGCUAAUCACUUAUAUAUGUUGGAAUUUAUAUAAGAUGCAGGAAAUAAAUACACGGAAAGCAAUGAUGUUAAUAGUUUCCUGUUACUAAUUAUACGAGAAAUAAACAUAUAUCGGGCAAAGAAAUUAAGAAAAGUUGAAAUAUGUACAUUUCAUUCAAAUUUACAGGUUGAACCAAUUCAAAUCCACCCGUUCCUUACCCGACCUCAUAGGGUUCAAGUGUUUAAUGAUUGGAAUUUAUAUAUGGUGCAUUGGGAAAGUGAAGUUUACACAAGAAAUAAACAUAUCGGGCAACGAAGGUGAGAUCCGACAUGCCACAAGGAGCGGCCCAAUUGGUGCAAUAAUGUAUGCAGUAUGCAUGAGAGCCCAAACCAAGAGGCUUAAAAAAAUGUACCUACUAACUUACUAUGAGUCACGUACUCACGUGUUGGUUUGUAACAGGAUUACUAAACUUGUGGCUACGAUUAGGAUUCUCUUAGUCACAUAAUUAUCUAAAUCUCAGCCCUUCCACUUCAUUAAAAUCAAACCGCUCGUAUUAAUUUAAUUUAAUUUAAUGAAGGACAAUAUGGUAAUUGCAAGAUUAUUUUAUAAUUUUAAAUUAUUAUGAAGUAAAUAAAAAACCUCUCAUUGCGUUUCGUCAACGUCCGAUCGUCCCUUCCGGUCAGACAAUUUUUCGGCCCUCACUAGCUUUGCCUAUCCUUUUCAGGGAACAUUUGCCAUUUCCCCACUUCAGCGGAGAGAAAGAGAGAGAUUUUUUCCAACAACCGGAGGUGGCUAUUUCGGCGGCCGAAGACUGCGAAUGAGGAUUUUUUGGCGACAGUGCUGUUUGUGAUGUUUGUCGAUCUAUUUUAUAAUGUUCAUAAAUCCGAUCUAUGAUGUUUAUGUAAUUUCGGUCUGUAUUGUUUAUGAUUCUUAUUUGCCAUGUUUGUCUAUUAUAUUUGUAAUGUUUAUAUUACUAUUUUGUAUAUAUUGUAAUUUGCAAUGUUUGUUUGUGGAGUUUGUACACUUUUAUGUUAUGAUUUGUAUACUUUGUAUUCAUUGGUUUGUUAUACAAGUUUAUCGAUUUGUAUUGUAAGUAGUGAUAUUCUGUACGGUUAGUAUGCUUUGUACUGUUUGCCGGUUUCUUUUGUAAUGUUUGUAAGUUUUUUCAUUUUUGUUCACCAUGUUCGUAAUGUCUUUAUUUUCAAAAAAACAUCAUGGUUGACUUUUGGACGGGACUCGCUAUAUAGAGAUGGAGCCGCCAAAGUCAACCCGACUAUUUUUCCAUUUUGUAUGGUUUGUCGGUCUAGUUUGUAAUUUUUGUCCACCAUGUUCGUAUUUUUUCUAUGUCUAAAAAACAACCGGGCUGGCUUUGAGAGGGAACCCCUCUAUAGGGAUGGAGCAUCCAAAGUCAACCUGGUUAUUUUUUUCAUAUUUUACGGUUUAUAUUAUUGGUCGGUCUAGUUUGUAUUGAUUGUAUAGUUCGUAUGUGUGUAUUGUUUAUUGGUCUAGUUUGUAUAGUUCGUAUGUUUGUAUUGUUUGUAAAUAUGUUUGUAUGUUUUGUCGCUCUAGCUUCUACUAUUUGUAUGGUUUGUAAGUCCGAUUUGUAUUAGCCAAUGCUUUAUCAUUUUGAUUCUUAGUCAUUGUAUGUUUUAGUUUCUAUGCUAUUGUAGUCAUGGUUUAUAACACAUGUUAGGUUGUUAGGAAACUCUUAUGUGAUAUGCUUCUAUCCUAUACAUGUAUGUUUAGUUGGUGACACGAUUAUGCAUGCUUGUGUUUGAUUGAUGCUUGAUUAUUAGAUCAUCGAUGCUAUAGACAAUCUUUAUGGCUCGUAGCAUCGAUGCAUCUUUGAUUAUGUAACCUUAUCCCUUCCACUAUAACCAUCCUAAUCAAGCUUUCGCCACAUACAAAAAGAAUUAUGACUAGCUAAUAUAAUGUCUGCUUUCGCUUCAUGCCACUACACUAAUUAAUUAAACAAGAAAGUAUAGGGAUAACAUUAACUAUUUAGGUCCUCUAUAAACCAUAGUAAUGGUCUAUAGCAAUGAUGAUCGAAGGUAUCAAGCAUUGGUAUCACAUAGGUAUGCAUAGUCACGUCCAACUAACUAUACAUACACGAGGCAAAGACGUAUGGAGUUCCUAUGCAACCUAUGAUGAUAUUAUAACCAAUACCAUACAUAGUACCACGUAAUAAAUGAUAUAUGCAUCA